CACAAAUUGAAGGAGAGAGAACGCGAGCGGUCUUCCAUCUUCUUCGUCUUUGUGUGUGUGUGUGUGUGUACGUGUGUGUGUGUGUGUGUGUGUGUGUGAGAGAGAGAGAGAGAGAGAGAGAGAGAGAGAGAGAGAGAGAGAGCGCUAUUGACCUCCAACUCCUCAUCGACGCCAUUAUUGUCCUUUGUCCUCAUGCUCUCUGCCGGCGUCUGUGGAGUCGCCGUCCGCGAAACCCGUCCUAGUCUCUCUGACAUCUCAGAAAAGUCCCGUUGUGCAGAAGUGAAUCUCUAUAAGUGUUCUAUCGUCCUCUGCGAACACCUGCUGCUUCAUCUCUUUCACACCUUGCCGUCUUAAAGGGUGAGCUGUACCCCGUCUGCUAGUCCAUGGCUAUCAUCUGAAUGUCUGUCUGUAAUUGACCUAGCUACUGUUCCUCUACACCUGUCUCUCUUGCCAGACCUCUUUGCUACCGGUCACUCCAGCUUCGUCUCUUUCCAGACCUCUCCUCUUCCCUCUUAACCAAUGGCUGGUGUCGAAGACCACACAUCCUGCGCCGCCGCCGUGCAGAGCGAUCUCCUGUCGUUUUCGGUGUGGGCAGUGCCUCCGCCUGACAGCCCGUUGCCAAAGCGGCUUGGCGGUGUCAUCUCCCGCUUGGCGCAGACGUAUGGAACUCCAGUCUUUGAGCCUCAUGUCACAAUCAGUGGCGGAAUUCGCGCAAAGUCUGAAGAGGAUGUGGUGGCCGCUUUCAAGGAACUGUGCGCGGGCUUGGCUCCUUUCAAUUGCCGUGCAGUGGAUGUCGCAGCGGGGACUUCGUUUUUCCAGUGCGUCUACCUGCUCAUUGCGAAGUCGCCAGAGAUAGUGAAGACACAUCUCCAAACCCGGCGCUGGUUUGGCUUGUUGGAUCAGCAGCAGCGGCAGGAAGAAGCGCAAGCAGCUGAGGCGUACAUGCCUCACUUGAGCUUGAUCUAUGGUUCUCUUUCUGAAGAAGACAGAGAAGCAGCAGUUAGGCGCAUUGUCACGGAGUGGGACGACCUGGUGGUGACCACGGAGUUCCCCGUCACGAGCCUAUGCCUCUACAGCACGGAGGGAGUUGAUCUCUCACUGACGAACUGGCACAAGGUCGCAGAGAUUCCCCUGCAAGGCAAACCCCCCAUGUAGAUCCCUCCCCCCGCCGCCCCCUAAAAAAAAAAAAAAAAAAAAAGGAAGAAGUAGAUAGUGUAAUCUCUCGUUCCUGUCCUUGGGAGCCGCUUAUCGCAGA